AUGUUCUCCCGACAGCAAUACCCGGCUCUCCUGGCUACCGCCACCCUCCUCAGCUCAGCGUUCCAGCACGCCCAUGCACUGAGCAGUCGCGGCGACGUCGAGUACCCAGAAUGCAUCCAGUCCUGUCUCCGAAACUCGGGCUGCUUCAGCGGCAGCGACUGCGUCUGCAAGAAAGCCGCCGAAAGCGGUUUCAUGUCCGACGUCGUUACGUGCAUGAACCAAUGGUGUGAAGCGUCCAUCAACGCCAGCGACCUCAUCGACCCCAUGCAGUCGACCUGCCACUUCUCAGACUCGGUCGUGGAGGAGGCUCUGAACGCGGACGCGGACAACAGCCUGCACGGUUCCGGCUCCAGCUCGGACUCAUCUUCAACAACGAAGGCCAGCCAGACUACGCAGGCCAAGGACGAGGACGAAGACGAGGUGGUAAAGGAGACGUACGCCGUCGGUGCGCCAGCCUCGGCCGAACAGAUCGAGACAACCGCCUCCCCUGCUUCCCCCACGGCCGCCGCAACCAAGACCGAGGGUACCAUGACCAUCGUCACCGCGUCCUCUUCGGCCGCAGCCCUGGCCACCGGCUCGAGCACCAAGCUGCUCACCGUCAGCGCCUCGUCGGCGGGCUCCCUCGUGGUUGCCACCGCGACGCCCUCCGCCGGCGCCGGUGCCACCACCGGCGGAGCCUCAGGAAGCGACUCCAACGACGGCACUUCAGUCAGCAGCAGCAGCGAUCAGGGCUCUUCGGACGCUGCGCCUGAAGAAGGUGUCGCCGCAAAGGGCCAGGCGUCGAUGCUCGGUGCCGUGCUUGCAGUAGCGGCCGCACUUGCCUUCGGCUUCUAA